AUGUCGGCGAGACAGUAUGACCGCGUCGCAGCAGAGCCCCGGCAGUCUCGUGAGCGUUCUGCAAAAUCGAAUGUCAACGGACCAAGGGAGCACGCCCCUACGUGGAAUAGGAAGGCGUAUGCGACCGAUGAAGACCCUGCUGACCGGGCGACGUACGCAUCGCGCAAAAGUUUUGGGUCUGAAAACUGGGAAGAUGCCGAGGACAGCACAGAACUCAAUGCAUUUAUUAAUAUGCCCAGUCGGGUGGUGCAAGAUCCGUAUCUGCAUGACCUAGAGUCGGGCACGACCAAUGUAUCCACACCGACAUCCGUCAAGCACGGCGUCUCAUCUCAAGUCAUGGAGCCUGCAUCACCGGGACUAUAUAAUAGCAUGACGAAACGUGUGGGUCGGCAGCCGAAUGCAGGGUCAACCAGGCCCAAUGCCGGUCAAGGUAUGGUAAUGCUGCACCCCAUGCAGGCAGAGUCUGAUGACUACCUGCACAUUCCUGAUAAAAACCCUGACGCCCAUUCUUGGCGUCCGACGCUGCGUGGUUUGGGCAAUGUGUUUACCAUCACCAUCAUUGGCCUGUCUGUGCUCAUGUUAUUUGUGGGCUACCCUAUCCUGGCCGACCAUCAGCGCCAGUUCAACAAGGGUUUGGCGAGCUUUUUAGCAGAUGCUGAGUCUAGCAAAAUCCCUGUUCGAGGCUUGAUUGAUGAGGAUACAGAGGAGCAGUAUCACACAUGGACGAAUCCUGUGGACAAGUCGCAGUAUGAUCUUGUGUUCAGUGAUGAAUUUAAUAAGGAUGGACGCACGUUUUGGCCAGGCGAUGAUCCUUUCUGGGAAGGCGGCAACUUUUACUACGCCGCUACGCACGACUAUGAGUGGUACACGCCUGAGGCUAUCACGACCAAAGAUGGCUACUUGCUUUUCACGAUGGACGAGUAUGUCGAGCGCUUAAACUUGUUCCGUUCCGGCAUGCUUCAGUCCUGGAACAAGUUUUGCUUCCAGGGCGGAUACAUUGAAGGCAGUGUGAUCCUGCCGGGCUCACACGAUAUGCAGGGCUUCUGGCCCGGUUUCUGGCUGAUGGGUAACCUAGGCCGGCCUGGCUAUUUGGGCUCUACUGACGGAAUGUGGCCCUAUGCGUACGAGGCGUGUGAUGUGGGUAUCAUGCCGUACCAGAAGGACACGGAUGGCUCGCCCGUAGCUGCGUCGCGCGUCAAAGCGAAUGGCGCAAAAAGCUACCAGCACAAGAAUCUCUCUGCUUUGCCGGGUAUGCGCUUCCCCUCGUGUACGUGUUCCGGACAAGACCACCCGGGUCCUAAUCGGAAAACGGCACGCUCCGCCCCUGAGCUGGAUAUUUUCGAAAUCCAGGUGCAAGGAGAUGAGUCGCAUGCAUCACAGUCCUACCAGGUGGCUCCGUAUGACGAGAAUUAUAUUUGGUUCAACAAUAAGGGGUCAUACAAGGUGUAUGACUCGGACAUUACAAAAAGGAACCCGUGGUCUGGUAAUCCGUAUCAAGAGGCCAUGUCGUGCACGACCACGUUACCUCACUGGCCCUUCUUUGAUGCGUCCAAGAGGCCGAGGCCGAUUCGGUUCGGUGUAGAAUGGGAUCCGGACUUUGAGAACACCGGCAGUGGACACAUUACUUGGUACAUGGACGGCAAGCCAACGUGGACGCUGAAUGAUGCGGCAUUGUCAGGUAAUGAGAAUACCGAGAUCAGCCGCCGCAUCUUCCCCAAAGAGCCUAUGUUUAUUAUCAUGAACUUGGGCAUCUCGAGCGGUUUCCAGCAAAUCCAGUGGGACGAUUUGGAAUUCCCCGCCCACAUGGCUUUCGACUACAUCCGCGUAUACCAAAAGCAUGGCACGCAAAAGCGUGUUACCUGCAACCCGGACAACUACCCCACAGCCGACUAUAUUCAAAGGAACUUGGAACUGUACUACAACAACAACCUCACAUCCUACCUGGACUCGUCCCACCAGGCCUGGCCCAAGAACAGCCAGAUGAACCAAUGCUAA